CUUUCAUUUGGCUUCAGUUUAUUUCAUUUAACAUGAUUUUCAGUAAACAAAAAUUGUGCGAUUCUAUGACAACAAACAAAGCGGCGACAAAUCUAUGACAACAGAUCAAACAUUAUGUAGUACCAACUGAUAUCGGAGGUGUGAAUAUGUUUACCGUUACUAAAUAUACACUCACCAAUGGCCAAUCAGUUUAGAUACAUCAUUAUCGCAACAAGUUGAAUGUAAUGCAACAAAAAGUAACACCGUCCAUGUUUUUUUGUUUCACUCACAAAGCGACAGCAUUUUGGUGCAAAUGCACGCAUUUUUUACAAAUCGACAUUUUUGCUGUUGUUAGUUUCGAAUCGAAUUGAAUAUUUUUGAAAAUUUAUUUCAUUCACAUUUUAUACGUAUAUUCCAUUGUAAUUGUCAAAUUUUAUGCAAAAUGACCACCGAAGCAAUUAAUAUCAUAAAAAGCAUUCUAAAUGUACGAUGUCGAGAAGGCGCAACGAUUGCCGACAUUGAAAGUGAUUACAUCGAAAUAGUUGGGAAACCAUUGCCGAACGUAUACAAGUAUUUAAAUAGCAUCGACAGCGUUUACUGUAUCGAUAGUUCAGAUGGUGAACCAAAAUGCAAAUACAAACCGUACCAAAACCAACCGCAGGAAGAUUACAACAACAAUCACAUUGAAAAGUACAAUCAUGUACCGGUACAAACAAUUUCAAAUCCUCCGCAACCCACACUACACGCACAGUUUGUUGGAGACGAUUUUUUCCGUUUGCUAUCGUGUUGUACAACCGAUUACAUUAACAAUCGUAAAAGCGGAGUUCAGCAUGUUGGCUUAUGCGUUUCUGGACUAAGCAUUCAGGCUGCAGCUAAGCUCAUCGAAUGCACGAAACACUUAAAAGCAACGCGAUUGAUAAUAAACGUCGGUUCGAUUGAUAUUCUACACGGUCAUGAUUUGGUUCAAAUGUGCUCGGAUUUUGAGAAUUUAAUAGCAGUGUGCGAAAAACGAGGACUUAACCCAAUCAUAACCACACUGGCACCGUUGGCAAACACCGCCCAUACACAUGAGAUGGUCGACAAAUUGCGUAAAUUCAAUGUGUUUGUAAUGGAAAAGUAUUUUAUGCAAUACGAAAUAAUCGAUAUUUGGUCGAAAAUGACAAAUGCCCGCGGCGUGACCAAUUUUGCUUACUUUCAAUCCGAUUCAUAUUAUGUGAGUGGGAGUAAUCGCCCACACGUGCUAUGGAAUCAAACCGGUCGCACAAUGGUUCGAAACUACAUCAAACAAUCCUUAAGCAAGUUUUUAAAAAUACACAUGAAUAGCUUGCAAAUCGAUGCAUAAAGCAAUCGAUUUUUAUUUUAUCUCUAUGAGAUUUUUUGAUAACCUAAACGGUUAUGUAAACAGCAGACGUUUUUUGUUCGAUUUGAUAUCUAUAUUAUUCUGAAGUUUUGUCCUGUGCACUUGACGAAAACUACAAACUACUUUUGAAAUGAAAAAAAAAAAAAUUAUAAAAAUGUAAUGUUAUUUUACGAGACUUACAAAAUUGACUAUAAAUAUUGAGCUGGCAUUGCAAUUGUGUUGUAUCCAGAAUGCUGUACCUAGAUUUUAAGUUAAUCUUUUUUGUAUUAUUUGAGCUAAACCAUUAAUCGCUUGGUUACCUGUAUUGAAAAUAAAAUUGAACUAAACCACAAGAAAAAA